ACGGAGGGGGGCGGAGCCUGGUUUUGUGUCUCCCCCUCUGUCCCCUCCUCGGUCGGAAGUAGACGUUUUUGUCUAUGUUCCGUUCCUUUUAUUUUUAAUGUCUUUUUUGUAACAGACUGGACCAUGAAACCAACGAUGGACGACUAAGCCCAAAAGAGGGUGUUCGAUUCUACCCCUUUUCUUCAUCCUUUGAAUUGAGUGGACCGGAUGAAAGCCCUCUGUGGUUUUCUCCGCUUCGAAGGGGAGGUAGCUGUAUCCAGUGGGCAGGUAGGCUCAACCCGGGGAGGACGGAAUGAAGUUCACCGAACCCUGGGGACGCCAGAGACUGUCUUUUCUUUUGGAAAAGGCAGUCUCUAGGGAAGCCAAGAUGUGGAAGGCCUACGUGUCAAAGAAGCCUUUAUCACAGGAUACAGACAUCUCCCCGGAGCAGCGGGACGAGGCGGUGCGCUGGAUGACAGAGCUGCACGGCCGGCUGCAGCUCUACCCGGAGACCCUGGUGUUAGCUGUUAGCAUUCUGGACCGCUUCCUCGCUCCCAUCAAGGCUCGUCCAAAGUACCUGCGCUGCAUCGCCAUCGCUAGCUUUUUCCUGGCUGCCAAGACCUGUGAGGAGGAUGAGCGGGUGCCCUCUCUGAAGGAGCUGGCCACCACCAGCAGCUGUGGCUGCUCCCCAUCAGAGAUCCUGAGGAUGGAGAAGAUCAUCCUUGACAAACUGAACUGGGAUCUUCACACAGCCACUCCUCUGGACUUCCUGCACAUUUUCCACGCCAUGGUCUUGUCGGGUCGCUCUGGCUUACUGGACUCCACGCUGGGACUGAACCUCUCUCAGCACCUGGCUCUGCUCACACAGAGGCUGUACCACUGCCUGGCUGACCACACACUCUUGCAGCUCCGAGGAUCCAUGUUGGCCCUGGCCCUGAUCACCCUGGAGCUGGAGACCUGCUGUCCUGACUGGCUGGCCCUUACCAUCGACCUGCUGGGCAAGGCACAGAUCAACAGCUCAGAGUUGAUCCGCGGUCGGGAGAUGGUGGCACGUAGUCUGUCCACGCUGAGAGCUUCCCUGCCUGCAAACACCGUCUACAUCUACCACACCCCCCCACUGCCCCGCUGCACAUCCGGGACCAUCGCCUCCACCUCUGACUCCACCAGGGACCACUCACCUGCAGCUGCUGCUGAGGACGAGGAGGGGAGCUGUGGCUCCUCCUCCUGCAUCUCAGACGCCAAACUCCCCGUCCUCCUUUCUGCACCGAAGCCCCUGUGUCCUCUCACCCAGCUGGUGGCCACACUGCGCUGCAAGGCUUCAACCAAACGCAAGGUGGAGCAGAUGGAUGUUGACGACUUCUAUGAUGGCAUCAAACGACUCUACAAUGAAGACAACCCUAACACAACCAUCCAGGAGGGGGCAGCACCUGCAGCAGGAGGGAGAGGCCUUUCCAUGUUGUCCACCCCCUGCCCCCCCCUCCAACCAGUCAGCUCCUCCUAGAGACCACUGGACCAGAACCAUCCCAGCAGCAUCCUGAGCUCCACGGCCCACUUCUGUCAGAGAGCUGGGUGUUCUGAUGGGCAGCUCCUUCCAGACCCGCUUCUGGAAGCUUUUAUUUAUUAGAAUCAUUCAAACUUGAUUUAGAAAAGCCACACAGUGAACUCCUGACGCUGUUCUGGGAUGGUUCUGGUUGUCAUGACGCCACCACCAACCUGAGCUCAUCUCCCUCCAGCCCCUGCAGCCGAAUGAACAGAGCGCAAAAAAAUGUUAACAUUCACAAAUGUUUAAAAAAUGCUGCUAAUAUACUCCUAACAAUUUUGUUUAACAGUGUUUCAAAUAAAAUAAAAAGUAAAAAAACAUAAAAGUACCUUAAAAAGCUCUAAUCUUCCUGCCAUGGUGUCUGGCUGUGGUGGAUGUUUGUUCACUUAUAUUUGUUGUUCCUGUCUUUAAACUCUUGUAUCUGUUUUCAUCCUCUUUAUUUUGCUCUUUUCUCUGUUAUUUAUAUUUCUGUCAUAGUGCGUCUAAAUGCUCAUGUGACUGUAGGAUGUAGACUUUAGGAAGAAACAAACCAGUUUGGUGCCAUUUAAUUUAUACUAACACAUGGAUCCUGACUUCCUCUGUGUUUCAGCUCGCUGUGGUUGAACUUCAGUUUGUCUGCUUGUUUAUCAUUUGCUCACAAACUCUUUGAACUAGUUGGUUUGCCAAAUGAAAUUUCAGUUUGUAGCAUUUUUCCCGACAGAGAUGAAGGUGUUUCUAAAUGGAAGUCCUGACUUUCUUUGUUUAGGAAGCUGCUCUGUGGAAAAAUGUUUGUGUUAGAGUGUAAGAAAAUCCUGAUGUGUGUGUGAAGGUAAAAGAAAAGCUUUGUUUAAUUUAUUCUUCUACAUGUGAAAAGCUCUGUCGUCCUGCUGCAGGAGCUGCUAGGAGCUGCUUCAGGUUGUUGAACACACUGCAACUUCUCUAAAUAAAGACUUAGAGAAUGAACAUUC